AAUCCUGUCUGUUUUGUAACCUGCGUUACCCACAUUUCUACCGACAUUAUGGUUAUUUAACCUCUUGGUAACUUUUAUUUUAAACCCCGUGUGGUUACGUGUCCGCCUGACUUGGCGUUUUUAUAUAAACACGGCGGUGACAGCUCCUAGCUAAUUAGCUUGCCAUGCUAGUUCGUCGUGAAAAUCAACAACAUUCCUGUCCGGAUUUAUUAGCCAGUUAGCUAAAACUUAAACUAAGGACAGUACAUCUAAAAGAACAAAGAGUAGGCCGGAGAGAAAAGGACAGGAUGUCUAUUCAGUACGAGGACUCCACGUUAGCGGGCAGUUAUGAUGUUGUGGGGUCGUUUCCCAAAAGUUUUGGGUACGGGGUGGAGGAGCAGGAUCUGGAGGAGAACUGCUCUUCAUCAGCUGACAAACCCAGGAUCCUGCUGAUGGGACUGAGGCGCAGCGGGAAGUCAUCAAUUCAGAAGGUUGUUUUCCACAAGAUGUCCCCCAAUGAGACGCUGUUCCUGGAGAGCACCAACAAAAUCUACAAGGACGACAUCUCCGGCAGCUCCUUUGUCAACUUCCAGAUCUGGGACUUUCCUGGCCAGGUGGACUUCUUGGACCCCACGUUUGACAGUGAGAUGAUCUUCAAGGGAACGGGCGCUUUGAUAUUUGUCAUUGAUGCUCAGGAUGACUACGUCGAGGCUCUCGAGCGGUUGCAUCUCACCGUAUCCAGAGCCUACAAAGUGAAUCCAGACAUCAACUUUGAGGUGUUCAUCCAUAAAGUUGACGGUCUGUCAGACGACCACAAAAUAGAAACACAAAGGGACAUUCAUCAGAGGGCCAACGAUGAGCUGACAGACGCUAACCUGGAGAAACUGCACCUCAGCCUCUACCUAACCAGCAUCUACGACCACUCCAUAUUCGAGGCCUUCAGUAAAGUCGUCCAGAAGCUGCUUCCUCAGUUACCAACACUGGAGAACCUUUUGAACAUUUUCAUCUCACAUUCUGGGAUCGAGAAAGCCUUCCUGUUUGAUGUUGUUAGUAAGAUUUACAUCGCCACAGACAGCUCCCCGGUGGACAUGCAGUCCUACGAACUCUGCUGCGAUAUGAUCGAUGUGGUCAUUGAUGUCUCCUGCAUUUACGGGCUGAUGCAGGAUGGCAGCGGCUGCGCCUACGACAAGGAGUCCUCGGCUAUCAUCAGGCUGAACAACACCACCGUGCUUUAUUUGAAAGAGGUCACAAAGUUCCUCGCUCUCGUCUGCAUCCUCAGGGAGGAGAGCUUCGAGAGGAAAGGUCUGAUAGAGUACAACUUUCACUGUUUCCGAAAAGCCAUCCACGAAGUGUUUGAAGUGGGAAACUUGCCUCAAGACGCCCUGACGGGACUAAAGUACGCCGGCGCGCACAACGGAAGUGCUGUUUAAUACACAAAAUGAUGCACAAAAAACAUGUGAAAGCAAACAUUACUCCUUACAAGCACAUGUUGCCUUAUUGUGUGCAACAGAGUGUGAGUGUCAGCUGAAUAAUGAAAAUAGACUAAAUAUGAUCAAAGAAAUAUAUGCUUUUAGAAAUACACAUCUGUCCAGUACUACAGGGGUGUUUUAUGCCAAAAAAACACCCACUGUUUCCUAGUUUCUGCACAUGUAUCGGUAUCGAGAUGUCAGCUAUGUUUACCUAAUGGCCAGUUUCUUCUGUGUACUCAUAAAAAUACUCCUUAAGCGCUCAUUGUGUGAGCGAAAAACUCCUUUGACAAGCUCUCAAAUGCAUUUCCUCCAACAAAACUUUACAGUCCAAACUUCUCUCAUGUUCCUGCUUUAUUUUGCUUUGAAUUAUAGAGUGCUGUGAAGGGAUUUAAUCCCUUGUAUGAACAAAAGUCAGCAGAGUGUUUGUGCUGCUGUGUUUUCUGUUGAUAAUGACUCAUGUGCUCUGCUCAGGAUCCCCGCACUGUGCCAGUUUCACCAUUAGAGCCUCGCUUCGAUUCAACAGCGUGUUGGUCCUAAUGGAGUCUGGAAAUAACGGACGAUGCCUUUCUCUCGUACAAACCCGCCCCCCCCCCCCCCCCCCCCCCCCCCUGCUGUCAACUUGUUUUUUUAGAGCUUGUGAUGAAGCUUCUGAGCACAUUUACUCCACAGUUUCCUUUUCGAUGCAAGCGUUGAAUAAUAUUGUCAGAGAUUUGUUUUUUUAUUAUUGUACAUAAUUCUUUAAUAAAAUAUGUUAAAUAUUUUGAUGAGUCAAACUUA